UGCCAGAACUGCUCCACCUCAACCACCCCUCUCUGGCGCCGCGACGAGUCCGGCCAGGUCCUCUGCAACGCCUGCGGCCUCUUCCUCAAGCUCCACGGCCGCCCGCGCCCAAUCUCGCUCAAGACCGACGUCAUCAAAUCGCGGAACCGCAUCAAGACC